UUUUUUGUCACAAAGAACGGAUACUUCGGGCUGGGCCCCAAAGACACAAGAGGUGGAGAUAGGGUAGCCGUUCUCUUUGGGUCAAAUGUGCCAUUUGUGCUCCGCAAACGCGGACCGGGAACGAAAUAUGGAGAAUGGCAGCUCAUCGGGGAGACUUACAUCCAUGGAGUCAUGAAAGGUGAGCUGAUAAGACAAUGGGAACUUGGAUUUAUCGAAUCGGCGGAUAUCGUGCUUCGUUGA